CCGUAGAUAGGCUCGAAUGCAAAUCGAAUGAACAAAUUAGAAAUAUACGAUUUAAAGCCCCUUAAUUGGAGGCUACCAAUAUCGUCGAACUCACUAGAGUAUCCAGACUUCUACCAGCCCAUACGGGGCAGGGACGAGGAUAUCAUCAACCAAAAUACCGUGCAGAACGGUUAUACAGCUCCGCCAGCAGUACAAAAUGAAACCUUUAGCUGCAACCAGCUUAUAAUAGAUAGCCUACAAUCUAACCAAGUCGCCAGCAAUCUUGAGCUCAUUUUCAAGUCAGCUCUAGAUAAACGGCAUACACGGAAUCAUCCACAGUCUAACUAUAUAAAAGAUCUCGAUGCUGCAGAUGCUAACCUAUAUUUCAAACAACUAGCCUGCACUAACAUUCCGCUUCAAAAUCUACUUAAAUUACCCAGGAACCUCACCCCCUCAGUCAUCCUACACCAGCUCCAGCUCAACCAGGUCGAUCCACGGCGGUCUAUCUGGUUUAUAAAGCUUAUAAGCAAACCAAGCAGCGAAAACAAGCAGCUUUCCUUCAAUCUUUCUAUGGAUUGGACGAGAGUUCUUACUGGGCAGCUAUCGGAUAAGUUGAUAGAACUACCCACACCGGAGGGUGUUCUCGAUAAUUUCGACAGUAAACUAUGGCUAUCCCAAUUCACUUACAUACUUGACAUUUUACGCGCAUUCAUCGUAAAUGGACUAUUAGAUAAUUUGACUCUGCAUAUAUGGCUUCUUGAUCAUCUCAAGCAUAUCCAUAUGGCUAGGCUGCCUCUAGUCACAACUCUUGUUUUGGAGAACAUGCAAGGAUUCUAUUCUUCUCAUCAGCUUACUAAUGGAUUAGUCGAUGCUGCUUGCUGUCGUUUAGGCCAAUUCAAACGCACGAUCGCUGGAGAGAACCUGACCAGCCUUCGCUCAUCUCUCGAGCGCAUAAUAAUUAACGUAUUUACUUGCUUUCCAUGUUCAUUCGUCUCACCGAAGCUCUGGAUCAGCCAUGGAUCCCUUUUCGAAAGUUUAAUAGGAACACAGCCACACUAUCAAGCAAUCCAGAAGCGUAACCAUCAAAUGUUGUACGGAAAUACUGACAAAAGCCUUUCAAGUACGCCUUACUCAUCUCGUCAAUCCCUGGUACGAGAUAUAACGCUCCUCGAUACGAUCAACACCAAUACCAACAUUCGCGCUUGCACGUUAUCAUACUUCCAAGUUGACGACAAAUUACCAAAGCGCACAAUCGAUGAAAAAAUAACAACUAUGCUCGAUUGGGCUUCGACUGAAAAUCGAAAUAGCCAGCAUAGGUGUUAUGCGGUCGCUACGAUUCUCCGUUUUUACAUAUCUUUACAGUUGAAGCAGAAACUCUCAUCAAAAAACGUUAUAAAGCGCCACCUACAAGAGCUCAUCUUUAGUUGGAUAGAAGUCACUUCUUCGGAUAGAAAACAAGAGGAUGUACCAAAGCUCAUAGGAGAGCUCGUAAGGCGACGUGUAUUCAGUUAUAGUUCCUACCUCCAGCACAUUAUCGCAACGGGGUUGAUGAGUAAUACAAAAAAGAGCGCUAUACAUAAGAACAUCCUAAGAGAUACACCGCUUUUUGAUGCAUCCUUAUCAAUAGUCAAUCUUAGAAGAAUGUCAAUUGACAAACAGUUAAACGCAGAUGAUGAAAAAUCGUUAGAUAGUCUUAUACGCACUUUCAGAGCACUUCUUCCACGGUUGUAUAAGAACACAGAGAAUAUUCCCUUAAUUACGACAUUGGAUUUAGAUAAUUCAUUCAGAGCAUUCAAGAAACUCCCCUUGUUUUACCGAUAUCGCUGUAUACAAUCAAAUCUCCUUCCAUCCGUCUACGCUUUUAUUGAUACAAAGACAAGCGAAUCUAAGAUGUCAAUUGAUGAAGUAGCUACCGUUAUUAGUAUUCUUGAGUACUUUGAAGAUUUCGCAUCUCUUCAAAGCCUCCUGAUGGAGCUAAUACCCAAGAUAUCUGAACGGCAGGUUCUCUUCCUAUUGAUGGACACCAUUAGACGUAAUUGGACGACACUCGUGUGUCUCAAUGGAAUGGACAAACUCAUUAAAUGUGUUACUGACAAAUAUUAUGCUUUUAAUUCGAGCGGUGGUCAUGUCAGACCCCUUUUAUUGCUUUUAGUAACAGCGAAAAAUACCUCACAGCUACCGCAUCAACUACUGCCUUUCGUCAAUGAUGCAGCAGCUGCUCUCAACAGGUCCCUCAGAACAUCAAUGUCGCCAUCACCUCCACCAAGCCGUAUCUCAGAUGUACAGAAACUAUUGUAUGACAGUACUAUAUCGAAUGCUGCAGAUUUGGCCACUACCUUAUGGUUUCGUCAUUCGUCAUACACUCAAUGGGGUUCAUCAGCAUGGAUGGGAGUCUUGGAUGCCCUUAAAGUUAAGCAUGAUAAUACACCACAGCUGGUAUCCUGCUUCUCUACAUUCUUACAUGAAGUCAACAAUCGCUUUCCUGAUGGGUUGGAGAAACACAUCACUGAAAGUCUCGUAAAACACCCUGAAACGCUCCUCAGUGGAGAACUAAGUGAAGUUAUGAAAUCAAUUCUAGUACAAAUGGUCGUACGUAGGGUUGUUCAAACGACAUCCAUAAUUGAAGAUGUUUACCUACCCUUAAUCUCGCAAUCACCAUCUGACGAAGUUGUUCUCAAUCUUAAUGACGUCUUGCUAUCAAUACUAACACCGGAAAAGAAAUCACCGAUGAUUUUAAGAGAUUAUCAACACCUCAUGACGCGUAGAGGUAAAGCAUAUAGACCGCCAUAUCUAGGCAAACUUGCAGAAAUCCUACCUGUGCUCGUCAACUACGAAGUUAGCGAUAAUGUUAGCGAAACUGUUAAAUCAAGUUGUAGAUUUCUAAGAGAGAGUAUAUCAAGUCAGUCAGCAUUCUCUACAGCAUGUAUGAGAGAUCUAGAUAAUGUCUAUGAAGUCAUGAUGUCAGCUAGUAAAACUAACAUACAAGAGUUAAUAAUUGAUACACUCAAGCAAUUAAUUUCAUUUAGUAACGAUGAUGUGGAACAUGAUGAUAAAUUCGCGAUACAUCAUGCCAAUCCAUGGACAAUUAGUCGUCACAAAAUUGUACUACAUCUCGUCCUCAACUAUAAUAGCUGCGAGAAUAAAAGAUGCCAUACGACCGUUUCAGACCUUCUCAGUCAAAUGGAUAACAAUACGCUCGUAUUGGAUAUGUUGAGAGGGAUUAGUGGAAAUGCUGGUCAAGAGUUUGCAAAUAUUAAAUUUAGCUCAAUUAUGACACUUUUGGCGUCUCUCAAGGAUCUCAUCGAUGGUGAUAAAGUCGAUGAUGAGUUGCGUUGCUCGAGUGAAAUCUAUGGAAAUGUCGAAAUGGUAUCCCAGGUUUUACUCCAUAAGAAAGUCACAUUACCACUUAUUGAUAGUGACAUAAUCACUCAAAUGAUAAAAAACCUCAAUCUAUGUUUCCAGUCGAUAUUCCUACCCGGUGAUGAAACAUUGGAGAAUGGUGAAGUCGUUGAAGAAAAUGAAGAUACGAAAAUGACUGAAAGUAUAUCACACAGUCGUACACUUGAGGUGUUAUGUAUGCUGAUUCAGGUAUUACUUCGAGUACCAGAAUCCUUAACAGCAUCAAUAAGCGAUAUCGGUAAUAGAAUACUACCACAUCUCUUGCGUCAACUUACGAGAUCUGACGAUGGCCAAUUUGAAAAGCUCUACGAUACCAUCAUCGCCUUGGUGGAAAGAAUACCGGGUAAUAGCACCCAAGAUGCUUUCAACGUGGUUGAUCCUAGUGGUACAGAUCUCCCGAUUGAGAUAAGGAGGGUACUCCCAUUGACUCAAUCAAUGCGCAUUCAAACUAAAUUCAGUAGUUGGGACCUCCUCGACCAAAUUCCCGAAACUAAUGACAGUAAACGCGUGCAAUUUAACGCGCCUCAGUUGCACAAAUGGCUCGAUGCCCAACUUGUUAACGACAGACUGUUGGAUGCUAACUCACAAAUCGAAUUUGAAUAUGAGAGGAACAUACCUGGAGAUGGUCUCGAAGCAGGACCAAUAUUGGCCUACCAAUUCAAGAGGUCGCUCCGAAAUCAAGAUCUAGGAAUGACGACUGAACCACCAGUCGACGAUGUCGGCAUCAACCUCAAAAAGCGCAAGGUGGAUGAAGAGAAUGGCAGCAACGGCAAUGGUAUUGCUUUAACUCCCGCAUCUAAUCUAAGCACAACAACGCAAAACAGAAGAACAUCAACUAGACGUCGCAAGUAAGCAAUCGUUUAUACCUAAUAGCAUUUAAUUAGAAAUUGU